AUGGAAAGCGAAACAAAGAAAGUACCCAAAGAUAAAAAGUAUGGGGGAACGACGUGUUGUGUGCCAUUCUGUCGAAGUAACAAUGUUAAAAAUCCGGAAUUAUCGUUCCAUAAAUUUCCCCUGGAUUCAAGCUUGAAAGAAACAUGGCUAAAUUUAUUAGGAAUACAAAGUCAACCUCUAAAAAGCCACAAAGUGUGUUCCCUACACUUCCCCGGUGGAAAGAAAUCUUUUGGUGCAUUGCCAACUGUUGCAAAAAUAUCAUGCAGACAGACUGAAAAUAGCAGUCGUGGAAGGGCACAUACAUGUGUAAUAAACAAGGACACAACCACUGAAACAAACCAGUUUGAACAGCACAAUACUACCUUUGAUGUACAAGAUUCGGACUAUGAAAAAUUGAAAAAUGAUCAUGUAGCUUUACAAAGAAAAUACGAGGAGUUAUCAUCUAAAUAUAAACAGUGUGCACUGCGAUUAGAACAUGUACUUGCCAGCGACAUAAAUUUUAAAUUCUACACAGGUUUCCAAAAUUAUGCGACAUUUAAAGUUUUCUUUGACUUUCUCCAGCCAGCAUGUAAUUUCUUAACUUAUGCUGGAUCGAGUAACAAUGUGGAAUACUCGGCAGAGUCAAAAAAGCAGGGGCGAAAAAGGUCUAUGACACCAGAGCAAGAGUUGUUUAUGGUUUUAGUUCGCCUGCGGUGCGGUCUCAUGGGGGUUGACAUUGCUCACAGAUUUGGCAUUUCAGAGGCUCAAGUUUCCCGUAUAUGGGCAACUUGGUUAGAGUUUCUAUAUCACAAGUUAAGAGCCCUUCCUAUCUGGGCAUCACGUGAUUAUGUGCAACAAACUAUGCCACAAUCUUUUAAAGAAACAUAUCCAAAUACCCGUGUAAUUAUUGAUUGCACAGAACUACUUCUUGAAAUGCCAACAUCAUUUAGAAGUCAGUCUGUAACAUACUCGUCAUACAAAAAUCACAAUACAGCUAAGGGGUUGCUUGGAAUUUCUCCUGCUGGGUAUCCAACAUUUGUAUCCGAAUUGUAUGCUGGAAGGGCAUCUGAUAAACAAGUGACAAAAGAUUGUGGGAUUCUUAAUUUGCUUGAAUCAGGUGAUGACAUUAUGGCAGACAGGGGUUUUGAUAUAGCAGAUGACAUGCCUGCUGGGGUUGGGCUUAAUAUACCACCUUUUCUAAAUGGUGCUAGUCAACUUUCACUUGGGGCUGAAAAUGACACACGGAAGAUUGCAUCAUUGAGAGUACAUGUGGAAAGAGCAAUACAACGUAUAAAGAGUUAUAGAAUUAUAAAAAAUGUUUUUCCCCUCAAGAUGUCAUCAGACUUGAACAAAAUAUGGGUAAUUUGUUCAUACCUCACUCUAUUUUACCCACCCUUGAUAAACGAAAAGUGUGAAUCAGAAUAA